UAUAGAUUUUUUUAGAAGACAUUUCCCCCAUAAAAAUGCAACCAACUAAUCCACAUUGUUUAGUUGGUCCAUGUUUUCCAUAACAUAAAUAAUGUUGCUUGAUUUUAAUGCAAUCCCAAAGAUCAGAGGAUUUGAAACAGUCGCAACAUGCUUUCAGUGUAUGCUGGUCUGCAGAGAACCUUUCCUGCCAGAGCAGUGCUGCUCGUUCAGCAUCUCAGUGGAUGGAAAUGUUUACCAAAUUACCGUACAUAAAUCCUUACAUGGAAACAUCCCCAGUCCCGAAUGGAAAAAGAUUGUCUUGUGUGUGCGUGUACGUGUGUGUGUUACCUAGCAACAAGACAUGAAUGUGUACAGGCUUAAUUAGAGAAACCACUUAGUUUUGGACAUUUGGUAUAAAAGGUGGAAACUUAAUGUAUCCCCCCAAAAGUAUUGGUAGUAAACCUAUUUAUAAAAAUGCUUACUUUACUUACUUACUCACAAUUACAGAUUUGAUAAAAGUCUUUAGUAGGCUAAACGAUAUUACUUUGUGUGCGCUGCAUAGUUACAUCUAGCUACCUCUUGCAGUGUUGAAAACUGUGCAUUGAAUUUCCACUCCAUUGUAAAGAUAACAUCCAGAAAAUUAUAAAAGGUUGAUAAAGCAUACCAGAAAGAUGUGCUGAGUGUUCUCAGAAUGCACUUGAUAAAGAUGAGCAAAUUGGAAAUGCCCCAAUGCGUUGUCACUGUCAUAAACCUUAAAGUAAAUAUAGUUGAUCCCCAAUGAUUUGAUCCUGCUUCUUGGGGUAGGGAGCCAUCUAGUGUUGGCUAUGGCCAAGAAAUCAGACUGAAUCUGACAUUUGAAUCAUAUUUUGUACAGGCACACUCAUUGUUUAGAGAUGUAUUGCUAAUCUAUAAUAUUUCAAUAUAUAUUGACUGGCACAAGUUACGAAAACGCCUGUUUCGUCUUUUUUAAAUUUGGUAUCUCCGGGCCACUGUAUAUUUUUUUCGAAACUUCCUCACGUGAUAUCAGUCCAAGUGAAGAUGUCAACAUCAACCACUGAGUACACUUGAAGUUAUUUGACUGAUGCUUUUAUCGUAUUGCUGGCAAUCAGAAGGGAAUGUCGAUGUUGACCACUGCUUGACUGUCACAUAAGAUAGCUAAGGAUGGCUGGAUGUCACAGUGGCCAAUCCACCCUUGUCAACAGCUUAGCCACUCUGCUUCGGAAUCAUGGUGCCUCUGUGCUGGACGGCAGCAGUACCCUGACUCUACAGUCAGACUCUCUGCAGCACCUAGGUCGUCUGUUUGAGCAGUACCUCCUCUCCAGGACUCACCAACAUGGCUUCCUGGCUCUGCCCUCACACCCUGCUGACACCACCUCCCUACUGCAGCUCCAGUUCCUGUUCGACGUGCUGCAGAAGACCGUCUCCCUCAAGCUCAUCAACCCACCUGGGUCGAGGCUUCAGUCAGUGGUCAAGAUCUUUCCUUUCAAGUCUCUCAAGUCCUUAGAGUUGAAGCGUAUCCCCCCUCACUGUCUGGAGGACCUGAGGGGAGUCUAUUCUCAGUUAGAGGUCUUCACCUGCUCCAAGAGCCUCAGCUCCCUGGAGGAGCUACUGUCUCUGUGUGGAGGAGACCUCAGCUCUGCACUGCCCUGGCUGGAGCUGCACACCCUCAACUUCAGCUACAACACUAUAGUCUGCCUGGAUGAGUCACUGAGUUUACUGAAUGUUCUGAAGUCUCUGGAUCUUAGUCACAAUAAAAUCCAGGAGUGUGCUGACUUUCUCAAGCCUCUGAGUGAACUAGAGCACCUCAACCUGGGCUAUAACAACCUCCAGAGAGCACCAACGCUGGGCCUGAGCUCCAGAGCCAAGCUCCUCACUCUCAUCCUCAGAAACAAUGAGCUGGAGACCAUCAACGGAGUGGAGCAGUUGUCAUCCCUACAGCACCUGGACUUGGCCUACAACCUACUACUGGAUCACUCCCAGCUGGCUCCUCUGUCUAUGCUGCACAGUCUCAACACGCUGAAUCUGGAGGGCAACCCACUGUUCUUCCAGAAGACCCACAGAACAUGCACUGUCCGCCACCUCUCCCCCAAGGCUGCCUACCUCAGACUCAGACUGGACAGCAGCCCUCUCUCCUCCUCAGAGUUGUCAGUGCUACCCAAACUGGGACAGCUGAUUGGCCAGUUCCAGUCCCAGGCCUCGCCCUUGGUCACCAGGGCUCCAGAGCGGGGUAACCAGGAAGUAGUGUCCAGCGGGGGCGGGGAUUUGAGUGACAGCCUGUCGGUCAGUGAGGUGGGAGUGACGCGACAACGCAAGAAGAAAACCAAAAGUAAGGUGAGAGUGAGACGGGCUAGCAUCUCAGAGCCCAGUGACUAUGACUAUGAACCCAGACCACAGUCCUCUGUACAAGACAUCGUUCUCCCUCACCAGAAGGAGAUUGAACGCAUGGACAGUUUCAGGGACCAACUGGGCGAGGAUUGGCUGCGCUACCAACAUCACCUAGAGGGGGCGCCAAUUGCCACCCUAGACAAGCCAGCUCCUCAACACCUCACUAACGGUCUCCGUGGCACCCCCUCCCCACCCAACCCCAGCCCUGUCCAGGCCAGCCCCGCCACCUUUGAGCCCCCAUCUCCAGCGCUGGAAGUCCCAGAGGUUCUACCCCCACCACUGCUCUCGUCUGAGCCCAAGGAGGAGGCCUCAGACUGGGAUGCAGAUCUGGAGACCGAGUCCACCCUCCAGUGGCCUGACCACAGCCUCGGGCACACAGAGUCCACCCUGGAGACUACUAUGGCAGAGGGACAGGGACUGGGUCAGGGGAUAGAGGGGUCACCGGCGACACCCACAGACACCAGAGAAGAAGAGGAGGAGGACUUGGGAGUUGACCUGUGUCACCCCCUGCUUGUGGGAGUACUAUCAUCAUCAUCAGAAGAGGAGGAGGAGGGUGGGCUGAGGAGGAAGAGCAGGGCCAAGUGUCCAGUGUUCCUGAGGGUCAAGCCAGGCCACAUCCUGGAGGUGGACAUGAGCAGGGGUCAGUUGCAGGCCCGGCUAGAGUUGGACAGUCUGGGGAGUUUCACCAUGUCCCAGGCCACCUGGACUGAGAGGGAGGUGGAGCGGAUUCUUCCUGCCGUAGAGCUUCACUUCCGUUACAUCAGCAGAGAGAGGAGGAGGAGACGCUAUGUAAUGCUGGAUGAUGACCCCCAGGAGGCACUGCAGGCACUGGCAGAGGUCCUGUCGCGGGUGGUGGAGGAGAACGAGCGCCGGGUCAUGGAGGGUCGUCCCAGCUGUGUCCGCCUGCAGUGUCUACGCUGUGGGUCAGAGUUCACACAGCGGAGAGGGAAGGAGCAGGAGGACGGAGGGAGAUUGAGAGGAUGGACAGGACUGGAAGAGCAGGAUGAGGAGGAGGGGAAGAAUGAGUGCAGAGAAGAUGGAGUGGGAAGUACUGUCAUCUGUCCUGAGUGUGGUAGUGAUCAUGUGGUCCAGCUGGCUGGCCAAUUAGCUCCCUCCACCAGUACGCCCGUCCAUACGCCCGUCCAUGGUUCCCCAGGGCAAGAUGGGACUGACCGACACUUUACCUUCAACCACAGGGAUACACCUCUACCCAGUCACCCGGGCAACAAGGACCCCACCAUGGAAGGCCCUUCCUCUGCCAGGGCCAGCCACUACGGCAGCCCUGCUAUGAAGGCCUCAACCCAGGACACUAUCCAGACCACCACCUCCAUGGAGGACCCCACCUCCUCCUUCUUCUCAGCCAAGGGAAGCUCCUUCUCCUUGGGGGAGACCUGGGCGGACCAGAGCCGGGACCAGAGCCUGUCCCAGCCCGCCAGCUUCUACAGUACAGAGGGCCAGAGUAAAGGAAGUAUAGCAGGAAGCUACAGCUAUGCUGCUGGUGCUACCCCACCUGGACCCCAGGAUCAGCAUGCAGAACAAGCCAGCCCAGGCCAGUUGGACCUUCUCUCAGAGGACUAUGAGGCGGUGGACCAUCGGCUGAAGCUCUUCCUGGAUGUGGAGGUGUUCGAAGAGGAAGAGGAGCUCCACUCCUUUCUCAAGGUGUCGACCGUGAAGUUUGGUGAUCCGGUGGAGUUCCCCUCGUUCCUGGUGGUGUCUGACCAACGCAUCUACUUCCUGGAAGUGACAUCAGACAUGGAAGGGCAGCCGUGUGAUUGGCUGCAGAAGAGGGACAGCCGUGGAAUCACAGAGCUGAGUUACCUGGAGGUGGGACUGGGCUCCCAGAGUAUCCACAUGGAGUUUGAGGAAGGGCCCGUGGCAUACACCCUGCUAGUACGGGACAGCGCACGUUGCAAGCGCUUCUUCAGCCUCCUCACAGGAGUGGUGCGUGAGCUGGCUACCAAGUCAGACAGCAAGCUUAAGUCUAUCUCCACCACCAGGCUCAACCCACAGCAUCAUCUCUGGCCUCUAGUGUGUGAAGACAUGCAGACUGAUGUGGAGGAUGGCCAGCUACAGUUCUUCUACCUCCUGGCCUUUCUACAUCAAGAAGACAGCGUGACCCCUCUGACAGUUCUGGCCACCCGGGAAACCCUGUACCUGCUCAACGAAGACCACCAAUGGAGCAAGAGCUUGCCCCACCCGUCAGCCAAUGAGAACGGGGAUCCCUGCAGUGGGCGGGUCACUGUUCAAGAGACCCAGCCAAUCAGCUGUGUCAGCUCUGUCCAUCUAUGGUCGUCUGACCCAUGCAGAAUGGACAUCAAGCUUUACGAUGAGAUAGUGAAGGAGGAAAAGACGUGGUCGUUACGCUCUGACAGUACAGAGCUGGUGCAGGGCCUACUGGUGUGGGUCAGAACACAAUGGGAGAACAUGUUCGGAGUCAAACUCACCAUCACCACCCUCACCCCACCAGCCUGAGGGAAAACACCCACCCGUCCAACCGUGUUUGUGUGCACAUGCAUGAGUGUGAGGGUCUGUCUAUCUGUCUUCACUGUCAGACCUGUCCCUCAAUAUGACAAUAUGUUUACCUGUUUUGAAGCCAACUAUGAUUUCCUCAUGUUUGUUCUCUUUUACAAAAGCACUGAUCUGUUAAUGUCCUCAUCUGAAUCCCGUCCAUUUUAUAACUCUGCCAGUACAGCCAGCCUGUAUAGCCAGCCUGUAUAGCCAGCCAGUACAGCCAGCCAGUACAGCCAGCCUGUAUAGCCAGCCAGUACAGCCAGCCUGUAUAGCCAGCCUGUACAGCCAGCCAGUACAGCCAGCCAGGGAGAGUGCCUUGUGUUUUUGCCAGUCCUGCUACGUUCUAAUGCUCAAAUGCAUUAGUGAAAGGGGAGAGGGGGAAUCGUGUUUCUUUCAGAGGGGUUGAGGACAGGAUAAGGAGGGAGAAAGGGGUAAGCAAAGAUGUGAGUUGGGGGUAAUUGUGCGUGCAUGUGUGUGUUUUAUCAUGGAAGUCAGUCCAUUACUCUGCAGGCAACCUCAGUGGACUGUGACUUCAUCAGGAGUCCCGGGACUGGAGCAGUGAGUUGUGACAUCACGCGCUCGGCACAAGGCUCUCUAGCCGUCCCGUGAGGCUCCGCUCCAGACACCUCUGACGUGACACCUCUUAGUUCCUUUCUCUCUAAUCAGGGACUUUUGAUGUCUCUAUUCACUGUGUGAUUAUGUAAAGGAAAAGGCCAACCGAAGCCCGGAGUAAGGGCAACCCAAGUGAAGAGUUGCAGCUAAGGCAAUGAAGUGGGACAGUAUCGGUGUUCUGUAUUUUUGGGAAAAGUGCAGAUAUACUCAUGAUAGGGACUGUGAUAUGAAAGGGUUCUGACUUACCUGUUUUAAAGCCGGAAAUGUUAGUUGGUUUGUGGCUGUCUGUUAAAAUGUAUAGUCUUAUGCUAAUAUAUCUCUAGUGCAGUUUAACUAUAUUGCGGAUGUCAUAAGUGAGUACUAUUUUUGAUGUAGACAGAUGAAAAGAGAUGUAAAAGUGGACGACAAACAGACGUGUAUAACUUAAUUUAUUGACUGUCAGCAAUGUGUUUGUUACAAAUCAAUGAUAAAAAAGGCUAGCUUUUUAUACUUUGUUAAAUAAAAAUGCAUGUCUGUGGUACAAU